CUUCCGGCGUUGCGGAGGUCUCGGUAAAAAUGGCGGCGGCGGCUGGGUCCCAGGUGCCUAGGCUGCUGGGUCGGUUCCGGCCACAGCUGGCGCGGCCUAUGUCGAGUGGCGCCCACGGCGAGGAGGGCUCAGCUCGAAUGUGGAAGGCCCUCACCUACUUCGUUGCGCUCCCCGGGGUGGGCGUGAGCAUGCUGAACGUCUUUCUGAAGUCGCACCACGAGGAGCACGAGAGACCCGAGUUCAUCGCCUACCCCCACCUCCGCAUCAGGACCAAGCCCUUUCCCUGGGGAGAUGGUAACCAUACUCUAUUCCAUAAUCCUCACCUGAAUCCGCUUCCAACUGGCUAUGAAGAUGAAUAGAGAGAACCUGGACCACUACCCAGUGGGGACCACAGCACUGGUUGGGACCAAUACUCUGCACACGGACCAGAAGUAUAUGGGACCUUAAGCUGACCUUCUUGCCCUAGUAUAAAAUGAUGACUAAAGUAUACUAAUCUCCCGUCUCUUUGCUUAUGGCAGGAGAUGGCUUAAAUAAAUUAGAUUGGUCAUGACCUAAGAGUU